AUGAAAACUCUUGAACACCUGGACCACGGGGAGUUCUGGAGUGAUUUUUCAAUAGCAACCCCACUUGAGGAAGGAAUCAAUGGUAUUGAAAAUAUUUUUAGGAAAUGGAUUCCAAAUCCUAUUCAAAAAACGUCAGAAAAAAUCAAUAUCUUCAAUGAAACGUAUAAAUUAAUUUACAUACCAAAAAACUAUUAUAUCCCAGAGGAAAUAUUUGAAAUAUUAGCAUAUAAUGAAGAAUACGUUUAUGCAAUUCCAGAAUUAUUUGGCAUCAAAACAGAUUAUGUAUAUGUAUAUAAUAAAGAUCGACAAUUAACAGAGAGUGAUAUUCAUACAUUAAAUUCUGCAUUGAGUAAUGCUGCUAUUGCUACGUCAUUUGAAAUUCCAAUAAUAAUUCAAAAUGAUCAAACAAAACUAUGCUUCGCAGGUAUCAAAAGAACGAAAUCAGAGAUAGAGCAUUUCCAAUCUUCAUUUUAUGAGUCAAUGCCCGCCGAAUUUCGUUCACAAACGAAAAUAAAAACUUCAAUUGUCAAUCAAUUCAAAGUUGACCCAUCGAAAAUUCUUGUUUCGGCCAGAUACAUAUCGAAUUUGAAUGAGUACGAUUUCAGAAAUGGAACCUUAUUCAAAAAAGACACAUUUUACACCCAAAUUACAGAGGAUCCUGUGAAAUUCUUGAAGUUAUUCCUGGUAUUCGAUGAGACAAAGAUAGACAGCAUGAAAACAGAUGUAACAAACCCUUCACAUCUCGCAAUUCAAUCAAAAUUCAGAAAAAAAGUCACAAGGAAAUCGAGAUUACGUGAUUUAAUAUCUUUAUUACAUACAGUAUGGACAUAUCCAACUAUACAAGACGCAAUUACGCCUCCUUACGCUGUAGAUGCAAAUCAAAUCAUAAAUAGCAUUUUUUCAUCGAAAGAAGCACCUAGAAGUUUCAAAUGUUCACUCCACGGUGCACCACCAAGUAGCUCAUUAGCAAAACUCUCAAUAGAAAUGUGUAAAAACCCAACUGUCGAAACAAUGUCUCUUUUAUGGGAUAAAUUCGUCAAACAAGUACGUCAUAAUGCUGAGCGUAAGAUUCUUAUACCAAGCGUAGAUACAGAAGGCGUAAAUUAUCAGUAUUGCGUGAUUUAUCAAAAAUUGCAGAUGAUUAACUAUUGUAUUAAAAAUCCAGAAUCAGGUUUUAUCAAAUCUGAUGGUGAAACAACCAUUCCUCUUGUUAAUGGCCCAGGAUUCAUCGUUACUCCCGAAAGACAAGUUAUUCCAAUGAGAACUCAAGAUCAGCUCGACGCCGACGACAAAUUGAUCAAGCAAUCCGCUGAAGAUGAUGACUCCCGAAUAUUCUUGCAGGCAACUCAACUAAGAUCGGACAUUGCUUCUUUCAAAGCAUCGAAUCCGAUGUCACUUUUUUCGGAUUUUGUUCAUUGGUAUUUUCCACAUAGCUUUGAUCCUAAGACUAACGAUGUUAAGGAAGGAUUCAACCCCGAAUACAAGAAAGUCUGGGAUAGUACGAAGCCUUGCGAAGCCAGAAAACAACAAAGAUUAUUUGAUUCUUUAGAACAGAUCGAACUGGCUUUGGAUUACUUGGAAACACUUGCUCCUGGUGAAAUACUACCCCAGAUAAUUGUUAUCUGCAUGGAACAAGCUCUUUUUGACUUGAAAUUCGGAGUUUUACCAAAAAUUUCUGAAAAAAUUGAAAGAGUUAACAGAGCUUUUCUGAGUUUUGACAGGAGAUAUAGGAAUACUAAGUCUCCUUCCAUGAAUGAUUUGGCUACUAUGUGUGUAGAGCCUGUAGAAGCUAUAGAAGACUUGGCAUUCGUUGUAUCUUGUUUAGAUUCGUUGUUGACGAAGUUCCCGAGAUGUCCUGAUGCGGCACAGAUGCUGUUUGAGUGCGGAGAAUGCACAAUAACUAAGGAUGAAAAGCCUGGAUUGCAAGAUUUCUUCAAAAAAGUUGAAUUCACUGGUAGACAAGCGGCAACAUCUCGUGCAAAGGAAACAACGAUAUCAGUAACUGGAGAUACAUUCAGUCAGAGAUAUUUCGUCUCUGAUAAAGGAAAAUCUAUAAUUAUUGCUUCAUCUUUUACAGAAUUUUUCUAA